UUUUUUUUAUGGAGGCAGUUAAGCAUUUGAGUGCUGCCGCUGCCACAGCAAGUUGCAACAACAUGCCGGUGACCAGCACAGCCACCGAGAUAGCAGAGGCGCUAGGCGGCGAUACCGAAGGCACUUCAGCGGCAACAACAGCAACAACAGCUGCUGCGGUCGUGUUGUCGCUGCAAGGAACUAUGGUCAGUAGUCUGCAACAAGCGGCUCUGUUGCCGGCAAACUCUGCUGCAGCAGCAGCCUUGAAUCUACAGGCCUUGGAGUCCUAUUUGGCAUUGCAACGCCUAACAGGGAAAUCGGAUGUAUUUCGGUUUAACAACAGCAACAAUAGCAGCAGCAACAGCAGCAGUAGCAACAAUAGCAACAACAAUACAACCUGCAACAGCAAUGAGACAGAGACACUGCCUUCGUCACUGAUAGAUAUAGCCAAUAUAGAACUGAAAUCGAGCUGUUCUUCGAGUUCUUCGGGGGAAAAUGCUUCAGGAACUGGCACCAGCGGAGGAGGAGGAGGAUGUGGGGGAACAACAUCAGCAGCAGCAGCAGCAAGCUCACCCUGCAGCAACACUAGCUCCAACAGCAACUCCCACUCUAAUUCCCAUUCAAACUCACACUCCAACUCCCACUCCUCCUCCAGCACAACCACAACCAAGUGCCACUUGCCUUUGCCCUCGAUAGGCACUGUUAGUGCCGCCGUUGCUGCUGCGGCAGCGGCUGCAGCAGCUGCUGCAAGUCAACAGGCGGCGCUUGAUUGUGCAACAGCCGCAGAAUUGGCAGCGGAAUGCGAUCUCCCCCUGCUAGAUGCUGAGGAUGCACUAUCCUUUGAGGCUGGAGACCUGGAUAGCAGCUAUGGCAGCUUCAUAUUCAACCCCAAUGCAUUUGGGCAAACGGAAACGGACUCGGCUUUGCAUUCACUGCAAGCUACCAUGUAUCAGGAUAAGAUGAGUGUCCUAGGCUCGGGUGGAGGAGCAACAGGAGGAGCUGCUGGCCUGGAUGAGGCAGCGGGAACCUCGACAACGGCAGCAGCGGCAGCAGCAGCAGCGGCUGCUCAGCGUUCCAAGAAGCAAUUCAUUUGCAAAUUCUGCAAUCGACAGUUCACCAAGUCGUAUAACCUCCUAAUCCAUGAGAGAACCCACACGGAUGAAAGGCCCUACUCCUGCGAUAUCUGUGGCAAGGCCUUUCGGCGGCAAGAUCAUCUCAGGGAUCAUAGAUAUAUCCACUCUAAAGAGAAACCCUUCAAGUGCGCGGAAUGUGGCAAAGGAUUCUGUCAAUCGCGAACUCUGGCUGUCCACAAGAUCCUGCACAUGGAGGAAUCCCCACACAAGUGUCCCGUCUGCAACCGUUCUUUCAAUCAGCGUUCCAAUCUUAAGACCCACCUGCUAACCCACACAGACAUUAAGCCAUAUAAUUGCUCAUCCUGCGGCAAGGUUUUCCGGCGAAAUUGCGAUCUUCGACGUCAUAGUUUAACCCACAAUUUGGCUGCCGGAGUGGGUGGUGUUGGUGGUGUUGGCGGUGUGGGUGGAAAUCUCAGUGAUCUUUUUGGCUCUGGCUCAAGUUCCAGUUCUGAUUUAGGACCAACAACAAAUCCCACAGGAUCCUCUAGAGAUUUGGUGGCCGUCAGCGAUUGAUCUUUUCACUCAAACAAAAUCAGAAAAUAAAAUAAAUCUCAUAUUGCAGCUCUCAAGAAUACACGAAUCCCUCCUCCUUCACAUUUUGUGUCUGAUCUGUGUUUUGUAAUCUUAAAUGUAAUUUUAUUUACUAAUUCACUAUUAAUUUAGACUAAGUCUUCGUCUUUAGUUAAUUAGGUUUAAGUCAUGGAUAUUAGCAGGAAAGUUUGACUUUGUGUAAGGCUCUCGAUUAAUAUAUAUGUUUA